GAUUUUUAUUUCAAAAUGGGAAAGUAUAAUGAUGCUAUUGCUCAAUAUAAUAAAGCAAUCGAAACCUGUCCAAAGGAAAAUAUAGAGAAUCUCGCGGUUUUUUAUGAAAAUAGAGCGGCUGCAUAUGAACAGUUGAAAAUAUAUAGUGCUGUGAAGGCAGAUUGUACAAAAGCAUUAGAACAAAAUCCAAAAUAUACAAAAGCUUUAUUACGUCGGGCACGUGUUUUGGAGCAAAUAGGGGAUUUAGAAGCUGCUUUGAAGGAUAUGACUACCGUGUGUAUUCACGAAAACUUUUCUGACCAAUCUUCCCUUUUAAAAGCAGAUAAUAUCUUGGAAAAGCUUGUGAAUCAACACGCUCGUGAAAAUUUGGCAAAUAAAAAGGCAGUUAUGCCAAAUGAACAUUUCAUCAAACUUUAUAUUGUAGCUUUCCCUAAGGAUCCAGUAUUUUCUAGACUUAAAUGUCCAGAGAAUAUUCCAGAAUUUUUCAAGAAGCCAUUACAAGCGUUAAAAGAUAAGAAAUAUGAUGAGGUAAUACCGCUAUGUACGGAAAUUAUUGAAAGUCCGGAAUUUGAUACAUUACCUUCAACUAAAUUAGAGGUGGUAUUGUUGCGAGCUACAUUUUAUACUUUUUUGAACGAGAACAAUUCUGCAAUCCAUGAUUUUGAAAGUAUACUGAACACCGAAUAUGCAUCUGAUGACGUGAAGAUAAACGCCCUGUUAAAGAGAGCAGAUUUACACAAAGGUCUCAAGAAUAAAGAAAUGGUUUUCAAGGAUUUCGAUUUAGCCAUUAGUAUAAAUCCGGCUUGUAGCGAUAUUUACUAUCACAGAGGAUUGACAUAUGUGUACAUGCACUUACUGACCAAAGCUAAACCCGAUUUUGAAAAGGCUAUUGUGUACAAUCCAAACUUCAGCAUGGCAUAUAUACAAAAAUCUUACACGGAUUAUCAGAUUGGGAUAUUAAAUAAAGAUAAAAAAUUAGUUAGAACGGCUGUGAAAGCUUUCGAGGCAAUUUUUAUAAAGUAUCCAACUGUUCCUGAAUGUAUAUAUUGCUAUGUUUUGUUUCGCGGCAUGAUGUCCGAAAUUCGACAAUAUCGAAAGGCUCAUAUUUAUUUUAUUAAAAUAACAAAGAGACAUCCGUACGACCCAUCUAUGUCUUUUGUUUAUCUGCAGAGAGCCUUUUUGCAAUUCGAUUGGGACAAUGAUUUUGAUAAAGCUAUGAAAUAUCUUUACAAAUCAAUCAAAUUGAAUGAAAAAUGCGAUGCUGCAUAUAAAGCGUUAGGAACCAUCGAAAUAGAAAGAGGAAACAUACAAAAAGCAAUAAGAUUAUUGGACAAAGCUUUAAUAUACUGUCGUACAUCUAAGGAACUGCUAAAUAUAUAUCACUUGAGAGAUGCAACAAAAGUACAACUUGAUAUAAAAAAUCAAGCAGGGUUAAGAUAUAUUCCCCAAUUCCUUCUACCAUUCUCUUUUCGAUUUCUUCAUUUAUAA